AUGUACUACGACCUCUUCUCCCCCUUUCCCAUCCCCGCCGCCCAAGCCGACCAAUCCGCCACAAAAAAGAGCAAAAAGGCAAAGGGAAAAGCACCCGCGCCCACACCAUCUGCCUCGCCCGCGCCUAUCAAGGAAAAUUUGGAUUGCUGGGAAGGGCUAGAGAGGCAAGAGAGGGACGAUGUUGCCAGGAGGAUGGCCAUGAUUGGGCAUUUGGGAUACUCUGUAACAGCUCUUACGAUAUCCAUUGGCGAGGCCACCAACCAUGUUCACCCCUCCCCCUUUCAAAACAAACGCCCUUUCCCUGAUCUGGACCCCCAGUCAUCAAACUUCUCUGCGCCGGGUUCGUCAAAUCCUGGGAGAACACCGCUAGUACAAGUCGCGAGGUAUCAUGUCAGAUUGGACGAUGGGAAGGCCCAUUGCUUUACGGCAGCAAACACCCAGGCUCUGAGAGCAUAUGAUAUACUCUCGGUUGCUCCGACCACAGAGAAAUCAUUCCAGCUCGCUUGUACGGAUCUCAGCAACCCCGGCCCCAAUCAGAUAUCAAUAAUCACACUCCCACUCCACGAACGCCCAUUCACUUUCCGAUUCAACCACAAACAAAUGCGUCAAGCCUCGCGCAAUGGUGCCGUCUUUGAGCUCCUCUAUUCAGCUGCUCUCUUUCCCCCACCAUCAACGCCCCCCGACAUUGCCCGCCGAUACCGCCAAAACUUCCUGUCCAACGCCCGUGAAGUUGUGCGUAUCACGGGAGGAAAGGGGAUCAUAUUCUCCUCUGGUCCCAGCAGUGGGAAUGAAGCGAGUUUGAGGGGAUGUCUGGAUGUUGUUAAUCUGGGUACGAUGAUUGGAAUGCCGGCGAAUCUGGCGAAAGAAGCUGUGGAGAAGACGCCCAAGAUGGUGCUGCUCAGAGCUCAAUCACGGAAAACGUUCAAGGCGAUCAUGACGAUACCCAAAUAUGUUCCAGCUCCUGUGGAAGAUACGGAGACAGAGUCUGGGAAGAGGCCGGCUGAUGUGGAAGGAGCUGGCGGGGAGAGCAAGAAGGCAAAGGUCUCGACAUGA